GGACCAACAUCAAAGUUCAACGCGUGAAAGAAAUAACGCGUUUCAAAAAUCAUGCGUGAUGGUGGGUACGACGGCAGUGUUCGUGGUGGUAUCACUCGUUAUGGGGUGGCCAUAACGGACCACCCCGCCUGCCCUUAUAGCCUAAUACUUAUUAUAAUCUAUAUAAUAAUAAUUGUUAAUUACAGGAUUGUUAACUUGUAAUAAUCAUAGUUUCUGGGGGCUUCCACACCCACUAAUCCCCCUAUACAACCCAAUAAAAUACAAAUUUAUGUCCCCUUCAAACACACACACACACACUACACACACCUCACUCAUCAACUACACACAUAGCUUCUCUAAUCUCUAGAGAGAGAAACAAACAAGAGAGAGAACCUAAAAACAGCAGUCAUCUUCAGUCUUCACGAGCUCCCUUCACCAAUCUUUACACACCCAUAUCUCUAUAUCUAUAUCCAUCUGUAUCUACACAAGCUAAUUUAUUCACAAUCUUGCAGCACCUGUCAGUCACCACCAUUAUUAUUAAUAUUAUUAUCAUUAUUUUCCCCAAUUUGUUAUUAUUAAUUUAUUUUCAUCCAUUAUCGUCAUCACCACCUAGAUUUCAGCAAUCCCCAUUAUUAUAUUCCAAAAAAAAAAAACCCUAAAUUGUUACAAAAGCUUCACGGGUUUUGUGAGUUCACCAAAACUAUACAACUUUUUUGCCCCCAAUCCGUGUGAUCGGUGUUCUGCCACGUAGAAUUUGAUGAAUUAAGAAGGAAAGACUGAGAAAGAUUGGAUUUUUUUUUAUCUGGGUUUACGUGGAUGAUUGUGAUAGGAUUUGGGGAUUUGAAGGGUUUGGUAUAUUAGGGUUUUUGGGGAAUUGAAAUUAGAUGGAUCGGGCUGCGCUUACGGUGGGUCCGGGUAUGGAUAUGCCGAUUAUGCACGAUAGUGAUCGGUAUGAGUUGGUUAGAGAUAUUGGGUCGGGUAAUUUUGGGAUUGCGAGAUUGAUGAGGGAUAAACAGACGAAUGAGCUUGUUGCUGUUAAGUAUAUCGAGCGAGGUGAGAAGAUAGAUGAAAAUGUGCAAAGGGAAAUUAUAAACCACAGAUCACUGAGGCAUCCCAAUAUUGUCAGAUUCAAAGAGGUCAUUUUAACACCAACACAUCUGGCAAUUGUUAUGGAAUAUGCGUCUGGUGGAGAGCUGUUUGAGCGGAUAUGUAAUGCUGGCCGAUUUCCAGAAGACGAGGCUCGUUUCUUCUUCCAGCAGCUCAUUUCAGGAGUCAGCUACUGCCAUAAUAUGCAAGUAUGUCACCGUGACUUAAAACUGGAGAACACACUUCUAGAUGGUAGUCCAGCUCCGCGACUCAAAAUUUGUGAUUUUGGGUACUCCAAGUCGUCUGUGCUGCAUUCACAACCGAAAUCUACUGUUGGAACGCCUGCGUAUAUUGCUCCUGAAGUCUUGCUUAAGAAAGAAUAUGAUGGAAAGAUUGCAGAUGUGUGGUCUUGUGGUGUGACAUUAUACGUAAUGCUUGUGGGAGCUUACCCUUUUGAGGACCCUGAAGAGCCUAAGAAUUUUCGCAAGACCAUACAGCGAAUUCUUAACGUUCAGUACUCAAUUCCAGCCUAUGUUCAUAUAUCUCCCGAGUGCCGCCAUUUGAUCUCCAGAAUUUUCGUUGCCGAUCCAGCUAAGAGGAUAACGAUGGACGAGAUUAAAACCCACGAAUGGUUUGUAAAAAACCUCCCAGCCGAACUCAUGAAAGACAACGCAAUGGACCAGUUUGACGGGCCGGAUCAGCCCACUCAAAGUGUCGAUGAGAUCAUGCAGAUAAUUGCUGAAGCCACUAUCCCGCCAGCUGGCGCUAAUAACCUGAACCAGUAUCUUACUGGUAGUCUGGACAUCGACGAUGACAUGGACGAGGAUCUGGAGAGUGAUGGUGACCUGGAUAUUGAUAGCAGUGGGGAGAUCGUAUACGCGAUGUGAGUAUUUGGAAAUUUAAGUGAAUUUGAUGUUGUAUUGCUUUUCCAUAUAGUUCCUUCCACACAGAAGAAUGUUGUAUUUGUAUGUUUACGAUAUAUAUGGGUGUUCCUGUGGUUUUAGUAUAAUGUGGCCCCCCUUUGUUUUUAUGGGGGUAGUUACUUGUUAAGUAAUAAAUAAAUAGGGUGUAACCUUAUGUACUGUUGAUAUAUAUUCUGUUAAACAAUCUUUUCUUGUAUCGUGAA